UCAAAAUUAGAAUUGUCAAAUGUGUGAUAAAAAGAAAAAUGGAAAGCCAUUUGACAAAGAUCACGAACUGAAAUUUUUUGUUUAAAUAUGUCACACACGAAGAAUGUUCAUAAAAUAACUGAUAAAAGUAGAAUAGACACACAGACAACCGUGGACGAUGCAGACAAAGAUCAAAUUAAUUGUGAAGAAAACAAAAAUUGUACAUACGCUGUAACGGUGUCGAAAAAGUCUUCAGCAGCAGAGGAAACUGCGCUGUGUGCAGGUCAAAAGUCAUUUAUAAGCAUACAUUCAACUGAUUACCCGUGUCAAGUGUCAGAUAUAGAAAACCCAGCCAAUCUCGAGGAAUGCAACGUUGAAGUAUUGAGUCUUAACGAAGUUUUCCCUUCAACAUCUGAGGAAAGUCUAUCAGACGAUGAGUCUCCUGUACGUAGAAGACAUUCCAAGAAGAAAGCACAACAGGAUUCCGCCAAGACAGCAUACGUGCCCUCAAACAGCAAAUCUUCCACAACCUCUGGAAGACAAAAGGAAAUCUUAGAUGUUGGAGUGCCAGUGCAUUCCGACUUUGACCUACCGAAAAACACUUUAUACGUAACAGGAAGUAAUCCCGGCGAACCUAAAAUGGCGUAUCAAGAUCCGCCUAAGAAAAUAUCGAAAACCAUGAAGAAAUUCCUUCGCAAUAUCGACAAACACAAAAAUGAACAAAUGAGUAAAAGCACGGAAAAGGCUAUAAGUAAACUAACUACUAUGCGUGGAAUUCUUAAAGAUGGCCGCUGCGGCCCGGAGUGUACCGGUGACUCGUCUAUUCACGACACGGAAGGAUAUAACGCCUCUGAAGACUUAACAUUCACUAUGGAUUUUGGUCCACAAACAAAUUAUACCAAGCAAAUACCAGAUAAGAAUGUGUCAUUCAACACGCAAGUCGUGAUAAUUCACUUCACCGGUGACCUUUGUGUAGGUCAGAGUAUCGAAACACUAAGCAAGGAAAAAGACCAGCAGGCGAGGAAUUCGGAACUAAGGAAAACAUUUUUAACAAAAUACAACGAACUAUGGCCCACCCAAAAGUAAUUUUAAUCUAGAAUAUAUCACUUUUAGUAUAGGGUGAGCAAGUUUAACUUUUCGUCGGCUAGACACGAAAGUUAUUUUGAAUAAUGUUAAUUUAUACACAUUUUUGUACGUUUAAAAAUUAUGAAUGGACGUUGCGUUUUUUUUGUUUAUUUAUAAAGACCAAAUUCAUCGGUCCAAAUAAAAUAUUUCGCCCUUGA